AUGAAUUCUAUACAAGCGAGGUUCAAUUUAAUUUAUCCACGUUUCAAAUAUACUUGUCGAAACCUAUCAGUUCAUGGGCCCAGUUUCUUGGCUCGUAAAGACGUUAAUUUUAUUUACCGAUUUAUAUAUUUCAUUAUUUAUAUAAAUGUUUGGGUUUUUGCCGUUGCAUCUAUAUACAAAUAUAUUACAACAUACCAAGAAGACACCAUACGGUUUACGACACGUACGGAUUACCUCGACUGGAACACAACAUUUCCAUCAAUCACCAUUUGUGAAAACGCAAAUAUCGAUAAAUUAUCAAGACAAAUACAAAAAUUACAAAUAGAAAACGGAGAUAAAAUGGCCACAUUCGCAAAAGAAAUUGCUUUCUUUUCGGGGGAAUGUCAAAGCUGUAAUUAUAAUUAUGAAAAUGAUUUUAUAAUUACAAAGGAAUUUCUAAAUUUAACGUCCGCGUUCCGCUCCGAUUGCAAGAGCUUGUUUGUUCGUUGUACAUGGGAUGAUAAACCUAUGAACUGCUGUAAACAUUUUAAGCCUAUACAAACAGAAUACGGGCUGUGUUAUUCUAUGAAUAAUAAUCAGAUAGGAGAAAAGCAUACACCGUACUAUGUUGCUACAUCCGAAAACCGAAGGCUGGGAAUACUUGAAUUAGUACUAUCAGAAAAUUACGAAGCAUUUCUGCAUUCGCCGGAAGACGUCCCCUAUUGGAAUAUGGAAAAUGAUCGUAGAGCUACGGUUCUAUAUGGUUCAAGAGGAUCGAUACUAUUUUCCGUCGUUGAUAUAGUUAAUGAACCAGAAGUUUCUUUGACUGCUCCAGAGAUUCGUCAGUGUAGAUUUCCCAACGAAUCGCCUGAAAACUUCAAAGGAUACAAAUAUUACAGCUACUCGGUGUGCAUCAUUCAAUGCCGUAUUGAAGCUCAGUUGGAACUCUGUAAUUGCACAUCUCAUCUGUCGCCCGUCGAAUACAAUGACCGUUACUGUGACUUAGAAGGAUUGAAAUGCUUAACAAAACACUACGGUACGUUAAAGAAACUUCGAGUCCCCGGAACUAAUGAUACUGGGCUAAAUUGCAAAUGUCUUUCGUCUUGCGUUGAGCCAGACUACAAUAUAAUCGCUAAGAAAUUUUCAGAUCCAGAAAGGGAACUGACAUCUGCGAUUUUAAAAAUCAUACUAAGUAAUAGACCUUACGAAAGAGUGACUCGGCAAGUGGCUCGUACUACUUUGGACUUAGUGGUUGCAAUGGGAAAUUGUUUCGGACUUUGCUUCGGCGGCUCCUUGCUUUCUAUCGUUGAAGUCGUGUACUACGUAUGUUUUAAGCAGUGGAAAUACACAAAUGUGAAUCUUGUGCACUAA